CCUAUGAGGAAAAAUCCUGCAUUGGACUUGACUUGGCCCCUCCAGUCUCCCUUUUUUAAUGAAUAUAAGAAAAAAGUGUAGUUUUUUUUUUUUGUUUUUUGUUUUUUUAUUCUUUAGCUUGCUUGUGUUCUCUGUCUCUCUUCAUUGCUUCCUCAGAAGAGGCCUCAACAUGGGGAGGUGUUAAGAGAGAGAGAGAGUUGAUUAUUUGGGUCAGAAGAGGGGGGGCUCUUAAUCUUCAUAAAUCUAUAAAAUUUUGAACAAAUUUUUGCAAAAAAGAAUGGGGCUAAGUGGAUCCAAAUCGCACGGCCGUCGUCAGCAAUCUUACGAUUACGGGGGUUCGUCAUCGCGAUACAGUUCUUCGAGAUACGCCUCCUACGGAGAGAAUGAUGUGCAGCCUGAGACCAGAAGAAGGUUGCAGGGAAAGUAUUCGAGGAUCGAGGAUAAUUACCAUUCUCUAGCUCAAGUAACUGAAGCUCUUGCGCAAGCAGGCCUGGAAUCUUCAAAUCUGAUUGUGGGAAUCGACUUUACGAAAAGCAAUGAAUGGACAGGCAAAAUUUCAUUCAAUCGACGGUGCUUGCACGAUAUCGGAGGCGUCCAAAACCCAUACGAGCAGGCGAUAUCUAUUAUCGGGAGGACCCUCUCGGCUUUCGACGAGGAUAAUCUCAUCCCAUGCUUUGGAUUCGGCGAUGCAACGACCCAUGAUCAGGAGGUUUUCAGUUUCUAUCCGGAUAACCGACCGUGUAAUGGAUUCGAAGAAGCAUUACAAAGAUACAAAGAAAUCGUCCCAAAUCUUCGUUUAGCUGGACCAACGUCGUUUGCGCCAAUAAUCGAAACGGCCAUCGGAAUUGUAGACAAUACUGGUGGUCAGUACCAUGUUCUUCUCAUAAUUGCUGACGGACAGGUGACGCGAAGUGUUGAUACGCAAUACGGGCAACUAAGUCCGCAAGAACGAGAUACGAUGAAUGCCAUAGUCAAAGCUAGCCAAUAUCCCUUGUCAAUUGUUCUAGUUGGGGUCGGUGACGGACCGUGGGACAUGAUGCGCGAGUUUGACGACAAUAUACCCGCCCGGUCAUUUGAUAAUUUCCAGUUUGUGAAUUUUACGGAGAUUAUGUCGAAAAACAUCCCCGCAGACAAAAAGGAGGCAGAAUUUGCCCUUGGGGCAUUGAUGGAAAUUCCUUCACAGUACAAAGCCACAAUUGACCUGAAUCUUCUAGGUCGAAGACGUGGAGAACCAGAGAGGCAUUGUCUCCCGCCGCCAAGUAUGAAGAGUUAUUCGCGAUCGAGCAGCUUCGAGCAAACUCCUGCAGCAAAUAGAAGAGCUACUGCCUCUUUCGCAUCGGAAAAUUCUCUUGAAGAAAAGAUGUUGUGCCCCAUUUGCUUGUGGAAAUCGAAGGAUUUCGCGUUCGGCUGCGGACAUCAGACCUGCUACGAGUGCGGAAGAGAUUUGCAGCGCUGCCCGAUAUGCCAAAGCAAUAUAACCGCAAAGAUUAGGCUCUACUGAUCGAUCGAGUCGCGUACGGAGAUCAAAUAUGUUCCGAGAAAUCUCAAUUUCGUCGUCGGUGAAUUUGCGAGACAUCUGAUAUUGUAGAUAUUGUAUAUAUGCUUGUGUUCAGGUCUCUGUAUUACUUGUAGCACAAAAAGAGACCAGUGACGAUCUGGUCCACUAGGAAUAAUAACUCGUUGGGUCCAAACUGCUUGCCCAAAAUGCUUGCAUUUAGCUAUUAUUAUUAGGGUGGAGUUUUCUUAUAUAUCCAAUGACAAUUUUAUUUCCAUCAGAUGUGGGACCUAUAGGGUUGUCACAACAUCCCCUAAACUUUAACCUGUUUUGAAAUUGACCCCUGAACUUUCUUUUA